AUGUACGAAAAGGAAAGGGAGCGAGAAUGCAGCAAUUUGAGAUUGGUAGCAUUUGCUGGCAUGACUAUGUCAGCAGUUACGACAUUGGUCUGCGUCAUUUCGGUACCUCUCCUUUACAACUAUUUGCAGUAUAUGCAUUCAGUAAUGCAAUCAGAAGUAGACUUUUGCAAAUCUCGAUCCAGUAAUAUGUGGCGAGAAGUGACCCGUACACAGAUAUUUGCAAAAGUAGGAGGUGGAGUUCGGAAAAUACGACAAGCGGGAAAUGGUCAUUCAAGCUCAGAUCUUGUCUUUGGUGAUCCGGCAUCACCAUCAAGUAAAUUUUGCGGAUGUGGUGUUUCGCCAUCAGGUCCACCCGGUCCACCGGGGGAAAAUGGUAAUGAUGGCGCUGAUGGUGAAAGUGGACCACCCGGCAAAGAUGGUUCUGAUACUCCACAAGAUUUAGCUGUGCAGCUGAAGGACGACUGGUGCUUUGAUUGUCCUGAUGCACCUGCAGGACCAGCCGGUUCAGCAGGACCGAAAGGAAUGCCAGGUAAACAAGGUCCACCAGGUCCUGAUGGAACGGCUAGCAACAACGGCUCGCCUGGUGAACCUGGACCAGAAGGACCACCAGGAUCUCCUGGACCACCAGGUGAAAAAGGUCCUUCUGGGCCACCAGGCACUGUCGUUGGAAAAGGAGGCCCACCAGGAACACCAGGAAAACCUGGAGAACCAGGACUACCCGGAUCUGAUGGUGAGGCAGGUGAACCUGGUAAAGCUGGAUCAGAUGGACCAGUGGGACCACCAGGAGAUGCGGGAGCAGAUGGACCAGCUGGAAAACCUGGACUUGACGGAGACAGAGGACCAGAUGGUGAAGCUGGUGCUCAAGGAUCGUGUGAUGCUUGCUUACCACCAAGGACAGCACCUGGUUAUUAA